AUGUCUGUUGUACAUAGUUCACUAAUAAGCAGCUUUAGUUACACUACUUACCUAGUUGCUGAUCUCUCUGUGCCACUCUUCUCAUUCCACUACUCCGCUUACUCCUGGUUCUUCCGCCAAAUAGCAUCAUGUGCGGCAUUACGGCAACUAUCAAGUUACGACGAAGCGGCACACUCCCUGGAUCAAAUGGGAAUGGCCAUAACAGCUCCCCAAGUCGCCAGGCUUUGCACAAUCAGGCCGGAUGCCGAGGGCAUCUGGAUGAGUGACGAUGGAACCAUUGGCCUCGGCCACCGUCGUCUUGCCAUCAAUGACCUAACGCCUGACGGUGUUCAACCUCUGCACAGCAAUGACGGGAAAAUCCAUGCCGUCGUCAAUGGAGAGAUAUAUGAUCAUGACGCCAUUCGAGAACGGUGCAUCCGGGAUCAUGAAUAUCAAUUCAAGGGCCAUUGCGAUAGUGAAGUGUUGAUUGCGUUGUAUAAGAUUUACGGAGCUCCUGGGUUCUUUGAACAUUUAAGAGGGGAAUUCUCAUUUGUCAUUUUUGAUGAGAGAGAUGGGCGGGUGAUUACUGCCCGCGAUCGCUUUGGCAUCAAGCCAAUGUACUGGACUAUUGUCGGUGACGGCUCACAGCAACAGCUUGUCUUGACAUCUGAGGUCAAAGGCUUUUUGCCCCUUGGCUGGGAGCCCGAGUGGAACGUCUCCGGUCUCAUCAGCGGACUUUCUCUCCAAGCUGAACAUACGAUUUACAAAGAUGUUUGGAAAUUGAAGCCAGGUUCGUGGAUGGAGAUCGCUGAAAGUGGUGAGAUCAAGCACCAUCAAUAUUGGGAUCCUGAAUACAAGAAUAAGCAUGAGGUCGAAACGCGUCAAUUAGAUAAAAUCAUUCUGGAAGUCAGAGAGAGGAUCGUAGAAGCUGUAAGACUUCGGCUGCGUGCCGAUGUACCAGUAGGUAUCUACCUAUCAGGUGGCAUUGAUUCCUCUGUCGUUGCUGGAAUCGUAACAAAACUUGUUCGUGAGGAGGGUGUAAUGCUUGGCAACCAAGACGCCACGAAACGAAUUUCCUGUUUUAGCAUCCAGUUCCCUGAGGACUCUGGUUUCAACGAGGCUGACAUCGCACAGCGGACAGCAGACUGGCUUGGUGUUCAAAUCCUCAAAAAAGACAUGAACGAGGAAGAGCUUGCAAAGAACUUCGUGGAAUGUGUCUACCACACUGAGCACCAUCAUUUCGAUCUCAACUUCGUGGGCAAAUUCUGUCUUUCCACACUACCCCGGCAAUUUGGCGUGCCGGUUGUUCUCACGGGUGAAGGCGCUGAUGAACACUUCGCCGGGUACCCAUUCCUGAUGCCGGAUUUUCUCCUGGAGCCGGAUUACGCGUGGCCAGACUCAGCUUUGGCAAGAAAUGACCAGGCGAGAGAGGCCAUGCAAAAGGAAAUGGCAGACGACCUCAAGAAUAUGUUCACCAGAGUCGGCAUGUUCAAUCACGAAUGGGAAACGACGGCUCCAGUAUCCCGACAUCUUGGCAUUGGAAACAACGCUCUGAAGUGGCAGCCCCACUCGGGCAUGUUCGCCCCUUGGGUCCAGGACUCCUACGGGCGGAAGGAUAUGAGGAUCAGUGUAGCUGAGACCAUGUCCGCUGAAGUGCGCAAAAACAUGGACGAAAAGUGGCAUACGCUGCACUCCUCACUUUAUUACUACACUCGCGGUGCCCUUCCCAAUAUGAUCCUCACCUGCUUGGGUGAUCGUACCGAAAUGGCACACAGCAUCGAAGCCCGGCCGCCAUUCCUCGACCAUCACUUGGUUGAAUACGUCAACGGCCUUCCUCCCAGCCUGAAGAUUGCGUACAAUCAGCCAGAGGGCGACACAGACGGGACAGGAUCAAGUUUAUGGUGGAAGAAUCUCAGUGCUGCUCGCCAGGCCUUAAGCGAAAAGUGGAUUCUGAAGGAAGCUGGUAAGCCUUUCAUCACUCAGGAGCUAUAUGAUCGUCGGAAACACCCAUAUUCAGCACCUGUCAAGUGGCCUCGGGAAGGACCUAUACACCAGCUCUUUAGAAAGCUAAUCACGGAGGACUCGGUGAACAAUCUGGGAUUCCUGGAAUGGGAGGAUGUCAAAAGUUGGCUUGAGCAUGGGUUUGGGAAUGAUUCUGACCCCAACGCCUUCAGAAAGUUGGUCAUUACUGGAUCAUGGGUUGUCCUGAGCCAGAGGUUUGGCGUCAAAAAAGCUACUCGAGGUACCGAGCCAAGCUGCACGUAA